GGGGGGAGGAGCCAGAGAAGCCCUCUGCAGCCGGCCCCUCCCACAGUAGGGGCAUAUCCCCUGCGCUCAGCUUAGCCGCGCUCAGAGCAUAGAUGGGACCCGAGCCCCCUGUUGGUCCAGCAGCUCACAGACGCACUUCCACUAGAUCAACCCCCGGGGGAAAGAGAGAGAGAGAGAGAGGGAGGGAGAGCGAGAGGGAGAGAGAAGCACAGAAGGCGGGGAGAGAGUGAGAGUGAGAUAGAGAGAGAGAGAGAGAGAGAGAUAGCAGAACUAGAGGAGAGCAACAGAAGAGAGAGCGGAGAGUCAAUUACACGCACCGGCUUCAGCAGACAAGUCUUCUUGUUUGGUUGGUGCUGUUGUUUCUCCCCCUCUGCUUCUUGCGGUGGUCCACUCCGGUGCUGCCGCUGGUCCGGUUGAUGAGGAGGCUCGGGGUCAGACCCCUCUCUCGACUCUGCUGCUCUGGGCUCCACGAGCGAGGCAGCGGCAGCGGAGUUCACCCACGCCGCUCGUCCAAUUAGCCGCCCCCGUUCGGCAGCGGCUGGAACCGUACGCACCUCCAGACGCCCACUAUGACUCUUCUGGGCUCGGAGCACUCCGUCCUCAUACGCACCAAGUUCAGAUCAGUGCUUCAGUUAAGACUUCAGCAGCGGCGGGCACGAGAGCAACUGGCAGGCCAGGGCACCAUGCCUCUGAACCAUGGAAAGUUCCCCAAGCAGGAGGACUCGUACGCCUUCGAGGAGGACAGCAGCAGCGACGGGCUCUCCCCGGAGCAGCACCACGCCGACGAGUCCCCCGGCUCGGCCGGACCUUCCUCCCUGGAGCCCGUCGGCAGCACCCCGUCCUCCUCCUCCUCCCCCAGCCUGACCAGCCCCCGACAGGGCGGAGUCACCCGGGACUCAUCUGACCCAGGUCAGGAAGAAGGACUAUCUGACGCCAACCGCAGCCAGCCCUCCAUGCCCUUAUCUGUCCCAGCCAUCGUCAAGUCCAAGACGUCGGACAAGAACCGCCACAAGAAGCCCAAGGACGUGAAGCCCAAGGUGAAGAAGCUCAAGUACCACCAGUACAUCCCCCCCGACCAGAAGGCGGAGAAGUCCCCCCCGCCCAUGGACUCGGCCUACGCCCGCCUGCUGCAGCAGCAGCAGCUCUUCCUGCAGCUGCAGAUCCUCAGCCAGCAGAAGCACGCCCAGUCGCAGGCGCACAACGGGCACGCCCAGCACGCCGUGCACGCCCACCAGAACCAGGCCCAGAUCCCCCAGCGCCAGCCCACCUUCAGCUACCAGCCCAUGGCCACGUCGGCGCCCAACCACAAAGGCGACCACCUCACACCGUGCAGCUCCAGCGGGCCCCCCAGCGCAGCCAACAGCACCUCCUCCUCCCCGGUGAAGACCUCGUACCCCAACCAGAGCAGCCUAUCCCCUGUCAAACCCGGACCCCUGCCAGCCAAUCUGGAUGACCUCAAGGUGUCUGAGCUCCGGCAGCAGCUCCGUGUCCGGGGGAUGCCCGUGUCAGGCACCAAGACGGCCCUCAUCGAGCGUCUCCGGCCCUACAGGGACCAGGGCGUCUGCGACCCCCACCUCCACCAACACCACCACCACCACCACCUCCACCCCGCCUCGGCCGCCAUGACCUUCCCCGUGACCCCCGCGGGCUCCCUGUCCCAGUCCUCCUACCAGUCGCCCUCGUCCUCCAGCGGAGCCCCGUCCCAGGGCGGGUACUUCCCGUACCCCAGCACCUCCUCCACGCCCCCCAUCUCGCCCGCCUCCUCCUCCUCGGAGCUGUCCCUCAGCGGCUCGCUGCCCGACAGCUUCAGCGACGUGCCCAUGUGCUCGCCCGGCCAGCGCUUCGCCCUGCUGGGGGCGUCCCCGGGCCGGGCCCCCGGGGUCGAGGAGGGGGCCGGGGGAGGAGCCAGAGGAGGAGGAGGUGGAGGAGAGGGCGAGGGGACGGUGGAGGCGGAGAAGGACAAGAUGCUGGUGGAGAAGCAGAAGGUGAUCGAGGAGCUGACCUGGAAGCUGCACCAGGAGCAGAGACAGGUGGAAGAGCUGAAGCUGCAGCUGCACCAGAGGAAGCGUUGCUACGGGUCGACGCAGGACAACGCCCCCUCCCCCACGGCCCCCCACCCCCUGUCCAUGCACCACCCCCACCAGCACCACCAGCACCACCCCCCAGCCCUGGGGGGCCAGCAGUUCUUCGGGGUGACCAUCAAACAGGAGCCCAUGUCCAUGUCGUCCAGCUGCCCUCUCUCCUCGCACAAACCCCUGGAGGAGCUGAGCCACUGCGGGGCCUCGCACCCCAACGCCAUGCCCGUCCCCGCGGGGCCCCGGUGCACGGACCCCGGCUCGGCCCCCGCUACCGGCAGCCCCCAGGCCCCGAUGUCGGCCUUCCCCAGCCCCCAGCGCUCGCCCCAAAGCCCCCCCAGCGGGAGAGCGCCGGGCAGCCCCCGGUCCUGCUCCCCCAACCAGCCCUACCUGCUGUCCCCUCCGCCACACCUCCGCGACGGCUGCGGCCUGCCCCUCCCCCAGGGCAGGGGGCGCCACGCACAGAUGCAGCAGAAGAGCGGAGGCCAGCCGCUGAGCUCCCCGUACCCCUCUGAUCAGAGAGGACCGCACGGCGCUUUUUCCCCCGGCGGCGGCGGCGACUGUGGCCACGCCCACCGCGGCCACGCUAAAGCCCCCCCGCUCAGCAACCCGCCAAAGAUGUCAGUUUUGCCCUCUCCUCGGCAAGUGAGCCAAACCACAGCCUUCAGUAGCUCAGAAUCAGCUGUAUGUGACUUAAGACACCCCCCAUGCUAUGAGGAUGCAGUCAAGCAGCAACUCUCCAGAAGCCAGCAGAUGGACGAGCUGCUGGACGUGCUGAUCGCGAGCGGAGAGCUGCCCGCUAACGUCAGGGACGAGAGGGAGAGCUCUAUAACCAAAGUUGUGCCUCACCUUCCUGUGUCCCCAGGCAGCACGGCCCUGGCCCUCCCCCGGUUCCACCGGCACUAUGAGCACCCAGGCCCCUACGGCCUCACGGCCGGCCACAUGGCCGACGGCCACCUGGAGACCCUGCUGGGGGGCCAGGGAGCCCUGCUCAAGCUGCCCGGGGAGGAAGGGCCGCAGGACGAGGGCGGCGUGAACGGCGACGGCUACGGCGGUCCCCACGACAACACAAACCACCACCACAACCACCACCACCACCACCACAACCACCACCACCACCACCACAACCCGCAGCACCACCACCCCCACCAGGACAAACUGCUGGCCAACCGGGAGCUCAUGGACACCCCCGCCCCGCUGUCCCCCGUCAACACCAAGCUGUCCCCCGACGGCCACGGCCUGCCGGGCAUGAGCUUCAGCGAGUCCCCCUGGGAGACCAUGGAGUGGCUGGAUCUGACCCCGCCCAGCUCCGCCACCGCCUUCAGCGUGGCCCCGCCCAGCGGGCCUAGCAUCUUCAACACCGAGUUCCUGGACAUCGCAGACAUUAACUUGAACUCGGCCAUGGACCUUCAGUUGGACCACUGGUGAUGGCCGCCAGAGCUAAGGAACACCAAGCUAGCCCCAUCUGGGGAUAGCAAUAAGAGCAUCAAGCGCUAAGGAACACCAAGCUAACCCCAUCUGGGGAUAGCAAUAAGAACAUCAAGCGCUAAAGAACCUAAGGCUAAUACCGAUGGCCAUAGCAAUAAGACCAUCCAGAGCGAAGGAACACCAAGCUAACCCCGUUGGCGAUAGGAUUCAGGGCAACAGGUGCCAAUAAACACCACUUAAGUGUUAAACUGUAGAUAUUCCAUCUACCUGCAAGGCAAACCAACAGUACCAGCCAGAGAAACUGCCAACUUAUACGACAUCCCAGCAAUUUGUUAUUUUUAAAAGGAGAUAAUUUGCCUGCAAACUGAAAACCCAGAACGUUGAAAGUUCUCAAUCAAGUGCCAAUUCCCGGAUAUUGAUUAUUUUCACAUUGAAGUUGAGAUAUCAUAUCUUCGUGACUGAUGUAUCCAAGGAAAAGGUGAUUUUAAGGUUCGACGCCAUCUUGUCUUGUGGGACAACGUUGCAUACAGUUACAAAGCAUCAGUAUGGCCGUGUAGACACAUGAAGGAUUUUCUGUGAAGAAGAAUGUUAUUCCAGAGGCGUAUGCAAGACCAGUGUUAUUCCAUCUUGACUUGAAAACUCCCAUUGACAAUCAAUCGUGCUUUUUAAGUCUGAGUGUAUGUUAAAUAUUACUGGAAAAAAAACGAACUAAAAGUGAGGACAGCGAUCUGAUAAUCACCACAAGGCUGACGAAUCAAUGUGUAAACAUGGGGACUAUUCAGACGGUGGGAGCGCCCAUGUUACCCGUGGUGUGGGAGAACACACUGUGAGGUUACCAUAGUGGCUAUGGGUACGUUUUGUAACCACUUUGUAUUUCAUGUAAAUAUGGAGGAAAAUGUCACUUUGCACCUGUAGCUUAAUACACACAUGUCACAAUUUGCUUGGAACGUAGAUAAUGUGUAGUAUUAUUGGUCCCAAUACAAUGGCUGUGCUGAGGCCUAUGACCCGGCUGAAGCAGUUAUGAUUUGCUAUUAGGUUGUUUACUCCAAAAUAUAACAAAAACCUGAUUGUCCUGUUGCCUCAGAUGAAGGAAAAAAAAAUGAACAACUUCAUCUCUACCAAUUGUUAAUAUACUCAAAUUGUCUUUAUUUUUUAUCUCAAAUUUCACCUUUUCUUUUAAACCAUCACCAUGUAUAUUUAUUUAAAUAUUCAUAUAUUUUCAUGUCCUUAUAAAUGACAUUCCUUCUUGAUAGAUUGGGAUUCUUGAUUUGUCAAAAAUCUUAAUUACUUCCCUAGUGUUAUGAAGUAUGAAGUGUGAUCCUAACACUGUUCAAACUAAAUUCAUUUCUUAAAUGUAGAAAGUACAAAUGUCCAUUUCAAGCACUUGUGAAUAGGAAAAUGUAAUAUAUUGAGUUAUUUACUGUGAAUACUGCACGACAGCUUUAAACUUGCACCCUAGCCAAUAGGCUGCCUUCAAGAGGUGAGGAACUGCACUCAUUGGUCAAAUUCAGCCUUAUUCAGCCUUAGAAAAAUACCUUUGUGCUUUAUUGCAAACACCGGCGUGGCUUUAGUGCUGUAAGCACACCGCUCAUUGACUCAUUGAUAAACAAGAAUGUACAAUUGUUCUUUUUUUUUUUACAUUUCUAACGACGUGCCUUAAAACUGUUACGAUGACCAACGCUAAACAAUGUUGACCAAACAGCCAGUCACUUCCAAAGUGAACCGCCGCCCUAGUUUAAGUGGCUUUCCGUCGGCUCAGUGACAAUCCAGCAACGUCCAUUCUGUUGUGUGUGCGUGUGUGUGUACUAACGUUGAAUCAUUUCACUCAACAAACACGUGUUGUUUUGACCAUCCUUCAGGCCUGGGCAUAUAUAGUGGACGUUCUUUUUUUUGUGUGGUGGUAUUGGUUCGUAUUUUGGCACUCUUACCCCCGUAGCAGGAGAGGGAGAGGGCAAAUAAAUCACAUUGUGACAGAAGCUUC